ACAAGACAUGGAAGUUCGUUAAGCGAAAGCUUCUUCUAUUCCGUCCUCAACCAUUUGAACCAUUUGAUUCACAAUAUCUUAUCAAAUAGGUAUUGAGGAUUGAAGUGAGUUGUGAGUAUUUAAACCUCAAGGUUAUUCUUUUCCUAUGGCUUCGGACUUUUAUAUAUCUAAUAUUAAGUUAGAAUACCAGAAACUUAGAGACAGGGUUGAAAAGCUUGAAAAAGAGAAUGAAAUGCUGACGACAGAACUCGGCGACAGGAAACAAAAUUUUUGUGGGAAUAUACUCGCAUUUGUUGAGAGUCUGUUUUUAAAUACGAAAUACAGUGAUGUACUAUUCAAAACACCGAACGUUCUUGUUCCAGGACACAAAUUUGUUCUCGAUGCCAGAGGAGGAGUUUGGAAUGUUUAUACAAAGGAUGGUGUAGAAUAUAUAAAUAUACAAGGUUAUUGUCAAAAUGUAUGCGAGGCAUUUAUUCAUUGGGCUUAUAGGGGCGUAUUGGAAGAGUACGAAGCACAAUGUUUGUCCGAUUUAAUGACACUUGCACGAGAAUUUUGCUUGCCUUCCUUAUUUACCCAGUGUGAAAUCGCUUUAAUUCCUCUAGUUUCAAGAGAAAACUGUUUGUCGUUAUAUUCGUCCUCGUAUAGAUUAAGAGCUACUCGGUUGUUAGACCAUUGCUUUUUGUUCAUCUCAGGUGUAUGGCCUAAUUUUUCAGUGGAAGAAAUUUCUACAGUUUCUGCCCCUGUCCUGCAAUCUUUUCUCGAGAAGUAUUCCAAGUUCCCUGUACACUCAGCAAUUGAACUUGGAAGAGAUGACACAGUUUUAUCUUUGCUUAACGUUGAUCAUCCAAAGGCUAAACUUCUCGUAAAUCAACUGAAUGAAAAUGGACUAUCUCCGUUAUAUAUGGCCCUAAAGGAUGCACAUUUCGGGCUUGCUGAGAAACUAAUUGGUCUAGGCGCAGAUAUAAACGCACUUAUUGGUUCUACUGAUGAAAAGCAACCUGUUACUCAGUUUGCGUUUAGAAAAAGACAAUAUGAAGCUGUCCAAUUUCUCUUGCUUCGUGGUUCCAAUUGUGACUUCUGUGAUUCAAUCUCGUCUCGCACACUACUUCAUAACCUUGCAGUAACCGAUGCACAGGAAGUGUCAGAAGCUGUGAUAAAUAUAGCAAAAACGUUAAUCCAACGGAGUGCUAAUCUUUCUUCUCAAGAUAUAGAUGGAAAUUCACCGUUGCAUUUAUCUAUUUUGCAUAAUAAUUCGGGUUUAUUUAAUUUGCUGAUCAAUCAUUCCAAGAAACCUAAUUUAGAUUUACCAAAUAAUCAAGGAUUAUGUCCACUGUGGUUAGCGCUUGUCAGAAAGUUCAAUUUUCGUGAUUCAAGUAUUUGUGGAUUUGAAUCUAACUCCUUGACAAGUAAUUCAUAUGACUUCGCUAGUCAUUUGAUUGAAAAUGGUGCUAACGUGAACUAUAGAUUUACUGAUGUUCAGUAUUAUGCACUGAAUAGUAAAUCCUUGAAGAACCCACAUCCAGGUGACACUUUGCUUUUGGCUGCUUCACGAAUAGGAUGGGAAUCAGCUGCUUUAUUUCUUCUUGAUUGUUCAAAAUGUGAUCCUACUUUAGAAUCAUUUACUCAAGGAGAAACUGUUUUUCACGUUGCCGUAGAAUCUGAGCUGUCUAAUUUAUGCAAUCGCUUGAUUAUGCGGAGUGACACUGACCCAAAUCGUUUACGGUUUUCCAAAGUUAAUAUAAUAACAUCAGACGGUGAGGAAAUCCUGUCACAGACUUCUUACGAAAGUACUUGUGUGAAAGAAACUAAUCAAAGGAACUUUACAAAGCCGUUAAAUCCUUUCGACGAUGACUGUGAAAGUAAUGAUGACUGCUAUCUUUUAUCUAACCCUAUGGAUAAUAUACCAAAUCAAGUGAAUAGUUCACGUUUAUUCAUUGACUCAGCAGUUAACGGUGCUGCCACUUCUACCACAUCGGUAUUAGAUUCAUCAUCAUUGAGUGCAAUUAAAAGUGAUCACAAGUCUACCCAACAAAUAUACUGCAGUCCUUUACAUCUUGCUGUACAACACAAAAUGUUUGGAAUAUUCGAAUUUUAUCUCGAAAACAAGGCUAAUGUUGAUUGGUUACUGUUGAAUGAGUCUGGUGAUUCAGUCCUCAGCUUACUUUUGUGGUCGGAGCAGUUUCAGUUGGUCAAGAGAAUAUUAGAAUCUAUGUAUAAUCAAUCAAAGAAUACAUCAGCUAGUCCUGACUUUAAAAUCAAUGAAUCCGAUAACACUAUUCAGUCAUUCCUGAGUAUAAUACCUACAAAAUGUAAUAAGCCAUCUUUGUUGAUUCAAUCCAUUGAACGUGAUCAAUUCGAAGUUGUAAAAUUCUUGGUCGAACAUGAUGCUGAUAUUAAUGAGAACGAAACUGACUCUCAGUCAUAUAUUAACCCUCUAUGGAUUGCAUUGAAAUUGAGAAGAUGGAAAAUAGCUGAUUAUUUGGUGAAUCAUGGAGCUGAUGUUAAUUCAUGGGCACCGUUUAAUGAAACAAAUGCAAAAAUCACUCUACUACAUCGGGCAAUCCAUGCGAAUAAUGAAGAGGCUGGUGUGUUUCUAGUAAAACGAAACUGUGAUGUCAAUGCGUGUGCACAGUUUGAUUAUUCAGUAGAUAAGAAAAAAGCUGAUCAUAUUAUACCGGAAUUAGCUCGAUCUCCAUUGCAUAUGGCUACUUUAAUUGGUAUGUAUGAACUUGUUCAAGUACUUAUCUCCACUAGUCGUGUAUAUAUUAACCAACAGGAUUACAAUGGCGAAACUGCCUUACAUUUGGCAAUCAGAUCAAAAAAUGAAAAACUUGCCAACCUGUUAAUUGAAGCACCACAAAUAGAUUAUACCGUUCGUGAUGCACAAGCAUACACCGUAUUUCAAGUAGCUGUAGAUUCACGUCAACGUACAAUUGCGCAAAAUCUUUUGAAAAAAGAUCCUUCUUUAGCUUUACAAGUUGAUAGUUCAGGACGUAAUUUUCUACAUACUGCAAUAGAAAAUUUCGAUCGUGAAGCUAUUUUUCUUCUUAUUCAAAUUGGCGUUGAUAUGAAUGCUUGUGUACGUGAUGUACAUCAUCUCACACCCUUUCAUUUAGCAAUUAAAACUGGUGUCGAUGAGGAUAUUUUACGUAGUUUGCUUCUUGCCGGUGCAUCUAUUAACUCACAGACACCACAAAAACAAUAUGGUCUUCAUUUGGCUGUGAUUUACAACAGACCGGAAUUAGUACAUUGUUUAUUAGAGAAUGGAGCUGACCCCAAUGCUCAAGAUUCAGAACGUAAUACACCACUACAUCUAGCUGUUCGACAUGCUAGAGUGGAUUGUCUUGUAAAAAUGCUCAAUCAUCCCGCUACAAAUUGUUAUUGUAUAAAUAUCAGAGGUCAAUUGCCGAUUCAUUUGCUGGUUGAACAUCAAGGUCCAGUCAGUGUUGAAAUGCUUGAGUAUUUAUUGGAGGUAUCUGUUGCCAAUCAAAUCAAUGCCCAAGAUGCUGCUGGCAAUACUCCAUUGAUUCUCGCAUAUCAAGCAGAGAACAUAUCACUUUGUACCGCAUUACUUCAAGCAGGUGCAUCUUUAGGAAUAAUGAAUUAUGAAGGAGAUACUGUGUUUAGUUUAAAUAAAAAGAAAUAUAAAAGUCCAACUCCUGGACGUGUUCUUUCACAAUUACUAGGUACUGUUUUCCUUGGAAUUCAAUUGUUUUAUAUAGUUAUUCUUCUUCUUUUUAGACAUUUUCCAAUACACCACACUCUUGACUCUCUCGAGUAAAUAAAAUAUUUUUAAAAUGUAUUUCCAUGCUCCAUCAUGUUCCUAUUGUAGAGACAUGUUAUUAGAGGAAUACAAAUAUUUGGUAAUGAAUGCUCUUUAAAUUAUUGUAUGGUAGAACUGAUCAAAUUGAAUACUAGUACUGUUAAAUAUGUGCUGGUGAUUAAUACUUUCCAAUAUCUUUUAUCAUGUAAGGGUACUUUUUCCUGGAGGACCUAGUAAAGAAACAGAUUUAACACUGAAAAUACUUUCUAUAUGGGAGAGUGACCUAAAAGCAAAGAAUAACAGCUCUUUGACACCAAUCAAGGACAAUUUUUUCCGAAAGUUUUUACUUGGAUAAAUCUUUUUAAACUGACGAUGCUAGAUAUUCAUGAAACAAGGAUGUAAAUGAUAUUUUAUGGCUGACCUUUAAUGACCCGUCCUUCCGUUUAUGAGAAUGCAACCGAACUAUAAACGUUUACUAUCCCUGAGAAACACUACUGGUAAUGUACCCUAAUACAGUCAUUAGUACAACCUCGUCCUUGGAUCUCAAAUUUACUACUCCUAUUCUUAUUGUUCUUUAACUAAAUUGUCGGGAAUGGAAGGACCUCUAAGGACAACUGUUCCAGGUAACCUAAUUCUAAUGGAUAGUCGUAAUAGACAAUCCUGACCAGUAUAGUAAGUGUAGUGAACGUGAAUACAAGUGGGGACUAAUCGAAUGUAUUUCAAUGCAAAAUUACAAAAUUCCUUAGUAAAAUCUGAAAAUCACACAGUAAAUACUUCAUUUGCAAAAUAUCAGUCAAUUGUCGGAGAUUUCAUUGUUCCUUCGUUUCUACACUAAUCGUUCUCUUUUCCUCGAUCUUCUUAACAUUCUGUGGCUAGGCGUUUCUUUUUCAGUUGAUGAUACAUACUAAUUAUGUCUAUGUACAUCAGUAGCACACAUCAUAUAAGUACUGUGGUCAGGAAAACGAUUGAAUAAACGAACAAUAAAUCAUUGAGGCUUCUUGUGGCGUUUUGAUAAGAAUCUCUGCUUAUUGAAACAUUACUUCUACGAAGGUUUUGUUAAUUUUAUUACCUGUUAGUUUACACUAGCUGAUUAGAAGCAAAACAAUACACUUUAAUUAUUUCAAAACUUCAGAAUGAAAGCUCUGUACCAAUAUAAAUGAAAUAGCCACGUCUGUUAGAUGAAAAAGUGUGUUUAAAUUUACUUAAAUAACCUCAACAGUAUAUUUUAAUAAAGAAAUAUUUUGUUUUAUGAUAAACGGAAUAAAUUUAAUUGCUCACGUUUAUGUAUUUGGUUUUGGCUAUUAAAGUGAAUUUUUUCAAAUGAAAAUUAUUAGAUUCACUUAUUCAAGAACCUCGAUGGGAAGAUGGUUCUGUUUGUAUCGAAUGUGGCGUGAAGUUUGGUAUAACUAACAGAAAACAUCACUGUCGUCACUGUGGACGUUUACUUUGUGCUCAAUGUUCAGCAUUCGAAGUACCAAUUGUAAAAUAUGAACUUUCUAAACCAGUUCGAGUAUGUGAAGUUUGUUUUAAUUUCCUGAAUAAUCCAUUCUAGCAUAUCCAUAUAACUGACAAUUAUAAUUUUGAGUCAUUCUCCUAUAGAUUUCAUAUAUAUAGUAUUCCUUAUGAUUUAUGACUUACUUUCGAUCUCUUUAAUAUCAAGUUUGUCUUUGUUGAUUUCUUAUUUUUAUUUGGUAAUUUUAAACAAAGAUGAAUAUAUAUAUAUGUAUGUUGUGGAUAAAUGAUUAUGAUUUCUUUUAUUUAUGAAUUAAUCACCAUUAAACUGACAGUUUGUUUACUUGAUGUCAUACAUAAUAUAUGCAAGUAAUUGUUUUCUUGAAAAUUCAUUUAUUUUGUUUACUUCUGUUUUGAAUGUUUGUCUGAGACUACUUUCUGAAUGUUCUUCUUGUUCUUUUGAUUCAAUUAGAAUUUUCUGUUUCUAAGUUAUUAUUAUUAUUAUUUUGUUCUUUAUGUUUAUGAUUUAUGUUAAACUUUUAUGAAAAAAUAAACCAAAAGAGAUUGUUCAUGAAGAUUCGAUCAACUUUUAUUGUGAAGGAAUAAAUAUUUAUUGAUGAUUGAUAUUUUCUUCAAUUGUUAUCAAAUAAUAAAAUAAGGAUCACU